UUUACUUUAAAUGAUAUAUUUUCAGAAUUUAAAGAAUGGUUAAUAGUUCCGUACAAUGUCCCUGAACAUCCCAGAUGACGAAAUAAAAAGGCGCGCGAUUCAAGAAAUAUUUGAAGAAACUAAACGCGCAUCUAUACGCGCAGACAUUGGUGGUUCAUUGGGUUGGGCCAAACCUAACCAUAGAGGGUUUAAUAAGAGAUUUUUGAAUAAUACGGUGGUUUCUGUUGUUUCUAACAACUGUAGACUAGAUAAGAUAAAACCGUUAGAAAAGAGUACAGUAGAGGAGAAACCGUUGCAACCUCUACCAUUCAGAAAUAAGGAAGAGAAAAAAUUUACUGGGAAGAUUAAAGUGAGCAAUAAAUCCAGAUUUCAAGCCUACCUUGGCGCCAGAAAACGGGAGAAAGAAAAAGAAGAAAGGGAAAGGGUAGAAAGGGCAGAAAGGGAAGAAGAAGAGGAAAGGAAAGCCGAGAAAGAAGUAGUGACAGGAAAAAACUAAUCGCACGACACGGCAAAAUUCAAGAAUUAAGAUUUUUAGAAAUGAAAAGAUUCCUUGCUACUUUGCCUAGAAAAGG